GCCAAUCCUCCACAGAAGUCCCAGACAUUUGGUGUACACAGUCGCAGCCCUGCUCUCAACUCAAAAGGGGUCCUUCUGCUCCAGUCCCACAGGAAAACAGCGAGUGACCUUGGCGGCAGGGCUGCUUCUCCUCUGGAGAUUUAAUCCUCCUUUACAGAGAUGAAUGAGAAAUAAGACAACUAGAACAUCUUUCAAUCACGCGUCAAGGCUGGCAAAUCCCUAAUUGCUGUGAGUCAAUCAAGAAGCCAAGUAUUUUAAGAAAAGUCAUUUUUCCAGGUCCAAAGAGGAGUCUAUUAAUAGCCGGAAACAACUGCUUCCUAAAAAUGGAGUUCUUCAUGACACAGAAGCCCAGCCGAGCUAUGUAAGGUAUCCAGGGUUUGGCUUUCCAGCUUCUCCUGUCUGUCUUUUUGCCUUUGUCUUUAAACAAGCCUUGUUAGUCCACAGGGGCUGCUGGCCGGUGACCUCCGUCUGUCUAGAUGGAUUCAUAGGAAAGGUGGCACCCAGAGAGCACCUCGACAGCAUUUCAACGGGGAGUCCUUUGUCUUCCCCAAGAUAAAGGUGAAAAGAUCCAGGAUGAACACAGCUUGCUGCAUCCUGGCUGCCUUUUAUGCCCUCACCUGCUGCAAGGCAGAAGAAGGACUGGACUUCCCGACCUACGAUGGGAAGGAUCGUGUCAUUGACCUGAGUGAGAAGAACUACAAGCAGGCCUUGAAGAAACAUGACAUGCUCGGAGUGCUGCUCCAUGAGCCGGUGGCUUCUGACAAAAGCUCCCAGAGGCGCUUCCAAAUGACUGAGAUGGUGCUGGAGCUUGCUGCACAAGUCCUCGAAGAUAAAGGCAUUGGCUUUGGAUUGGUGGAUUCCAAGAAAGAUGCAAAGCUGGCAAAAAAAUUAGGUUUAGAUGAAGAAGGAAGCCUCUACAUCUUUAAAGAGGAUCACAUCAUUGAGUAUGAUGGGCAAAUGGCAGCGGACGUCUUAGUUGAGUUUCUCCUUGAUCUGAUGGAGGACCCAGUGGAGAUCAUCAACAGCAAACUGGAGUUACAGGCCUUUGACCACCUGGAAGAAGAAAUCAAACUCAUUGGCUACUUCAAAGGAGAAGAUUCAGAAUAUUACAAAGCAUUUCAGGAGGCAGCUGAACACUUCCAGCCCUAUGUCAAGUUCUUUGCCACCUUUGACAAAGGGGUGGCAAAGAAAUUGGGUCUGAAGCUAAAUGAUGUGGAUUUCUAUGAGCCGUUUAUGGAUGAACCUGUCCGUAUCCCUGACAAGCCAUAUACAGAAGAAGAAUUGGUUGAGUUUGUGAAUGAGCACAGAAGAGCCACGCUGCGCAAGUUGCGCCCAGAAGAUAUGUUUGAAACCUGGGAGGAUGACCUGGAUGGAAUUCACAUUGUGGCAUUUGCUGAAGAAGACGACCCAGAUGGUUUUGAGUUUCUGGAGGUUGUCAAGCAAGUUGCCAAAGACAACACAGACAAUCCAGAUUUGAGCAUUGUGUGGAUUGACCCGGAUGAUUUUCCUCUGCUCAUCCCGUACUGGGAGAAGACCUUCAAGGUUGAUUUAUUCAAGCCACAGAUCGGAGUCGUGAAUGUCACAGAUGCAGACAGUGUCUGGAUGGAUAUUAAGGAUGAUGAUGACCUCCCCACAGCAGAGGAAUUGGAAGACUGGAUAGAGGAUGUACUUUCUGGAAAAAUAAACACUGAAGAUGAUGAUGUAGAUGAAGAUGACGACGACGACGAUGACGAUGACGACGAUGAUGAUAAUGACUAGGUUACGUCCCUCUGAAACUUGGACUUCGAAAUCUGUAUGCCUCAGGAUGUUACAUCUCAUGUUACUCCUCCUCUGAAGGAAAGACAUUUACCUAUAGGAUUUGCAAAAGCUCUCUUUAAGAGUCACUGAAGAUUCCUUUCCCUUAUUUCCUGUCCUUUAUCCCCUUUUCCAAAACAUUUCCUGUUGAGGUUCUAAAAGGUGUUUGCCAGGCAUAAGGCAUACUGAAACUAAUUAAAACAUCUCUGUACAUCUCU